AUGAAGUUCUCAUCCACCCUCUCCGCGGCUCUCGCUGCCUCUCCUGCUCUCGCGGCUCCCACCGCCGAGGCCGCCUCCUCCGCCAAAGUUGUCUACGCCAACUCGGGCCACAUCUACCUGGCCUCGUACGACGGCACCAAGUUCACAACCACCGCCAACACGUCCUUCCGCAACACCGACCCCUCGUGGCUGGCCUACGUCGCCCCCAGCUCCCUCUACGCCGUCAACGACAUCGCCUCCAACACCUUCCUCUACAACAUCGACGUCAACGGCAACACCGUCAAGUCCGUCACCAACAAGCAGGGCUCCGGCGGUGUCGUCCACCUCGAGGUCAACAAGGCCAACACUCGCAUGCUGGGUGCCGGCUACGGCUCCGGCAAGAUCGACGUCUGGAACAUCGAGAACGGCGGCCUGACCCUCAUCAAGUCCAUUCAGUCCCCCGGCCCUGUCGGCCCCAACCCGAACCAGGAUGCUCCUCACCCUCACCAGACCGUCAACGACCCCACGGGCCGCUUCUUUGUGGCCAACGACCUUGGCACCGAUUCCAUCCUCGUCAUUGACUCUCAGAACGACGCCUUCAACAUUGUCAACAAGUUUUCCGUUGUGCCCGCCGGCUCCGGUCCGCGUCACGGCGUCUUCUUCCCCUUUGGUGCCGCCCAGGCAACGCACUACUUCUUGCUCUGCGAGCUGGGCAACGUUCUCAUCGCCUACAAAGUCACCUACACCAACGAUGGCAAGGGCAUGGCCUUCGAGACCACCCAGGUCCUCGACACCUUUGGCCCCAACUCCGUGGCGCCCGCCGGUGCCGGUGCCGGCGAGCUUGUGCUCUCCCCCGAUAACAAGGACCUGUACCUGUCGAACCGCCUGACCGGCCAAGCCACGGAUAACAUUGCUCACGUCAAGAUUAUCGACAAUGGUGCCGGCAACCUGAGGCUCCUUUGGAUCAACUCGGUCUCUUCGGGAGGCGGUCGACCCAGAAUGUUCAGCAUCAGCAACGACGGCAGCUCGCUGUUCGUCACGAACCAAGAUGGCCCCCUUAGUGUGACUGCCAUCUCUCGCAACGCAGACGACGGCUCCCUCGACGCCAACUUCCACGGCACAAUCAGCUCCGGUUCAUUUGGCAGCGAAGGUCCUCAGUACAUUAAGCAGAUCCAGUAA